GCCUCUCCGAUCAUCUUCCCGUUGGUGAAAUGGCGAAUGGUUCAGCAAGGAAAAGCUCACUAAAGCCUUCGUCUCGAAAGAGUUUUCUUCUUCCCUCAAGUGUGAUCAUCAUUGUUGGGAUAAUCUUGGCGUUGACUUAUCAGUCAAUCUUGAAACCUCCUCCGCCAAAGCUAUGUGGCUCUCCCGGUAAUCCACCGAUCACAGCACCGCGUAUAAAGCUGCGUGAUGGGAGACAUUUGGCCUACAAAGAGCAUGGACUUCCAAGAGAGAAAGCUAACCACAAAAUAGUCUUCAUUCAUGGAUCCGAUAGUUGUAGACACGAUGCUGUUUUCGCCACUCUUCUUUCUCCGGUACGUUCAUACAAAUUUCUUGAAUUAAGUGAUCCGGAUCCAAACCGUACACCAAAAAGCAUGGUUUUGGAUAUUGAAGAGCUCGCUGAUCAACUGAGUCUAGGAUCGAGGUUCUACGUGAUUGGGAAAUCAAUGGGAGGACAAGCGGCGUGGGGAUGCCUUAAGUACAUCCCUCACCGGUUAGCCGGAGUAACACUAGUUGCUCCGGUGGUUAACUAUUAUUGGAGGAACUUACCUUUGAACGUUUCAACUCAAGGAUUUAAGUUGCAACAAAAGAGAGAUCAAUGGGCGGUUCGUGUUGCUCACUAUGCUCCUUGGCUUAUUUACUGGUGGAACACACAAAACUGGUUCCCAGGUUCGAGUGUUGCAAACCGAGAUGGCGGUAUCUUGUCACAGCCGGAUAAAGAUAUCAUUUUGAACAUGGGAUCUUCGAGGAAACCGCAUUUGGCAGAAGUUAGGCAGCAAGGAAUACAUGAGAGUAUUAACCGUGACAUGAUUGUGGGUUUUGGGAAUUGGGAAUUUGAUCCUAUAGACCUCGAGAAUCCGUUUCUAAACAAAGAAGGUUCUGUUCAUUUGUGGCAAGGAGAUGAGGACAUGUUAGUGCCUGUGACGCUGCAACGUUACAUUGCACAUAAGCUUCCUUGGCUUCACUAUCAUGAGGUUCCGGGAAGUGGCCACUUCUUCCCCUUCGCUAAAGGUGUGGUUGAUGAGAUUGUUAAGACAGCUCUGAUGCAGAGCAUUAACUAAGAUAAGAUCACAAAGGUCAAAAAAAAGCCCAAAAGAUUAUGGGUACAAUAGAUUUCUUAUGUAAAA